AUGCUGGGCCAGCACCCUCUGCCACUCAUCCUGACUGGGCUGCUCUCCCUGGGAUCUGCCCUGUCCCAGUUGUGUACCAAGGACAAGGUGAGCACCUGUCAGGACUGCAUCCGGUCAGGGCCUGGCUGCGCCUGGUGCCAGAAGCUGAACUUUACAGGUCAAGGAGAGCCAGAGUCCAUUCGUUGUGAUUCUCCAGAGCAACUCUUGCUAAAGGGCUGCACAUCUGAGUACCUCGUGGACCCCAAGAGCCUUGCUGAACCCCAGGAGGACAAGGACAGGGACUGGAAGCAGCUGUCCCCACAAAAUGUGACACUUUACUUGAGACCAGGCCAAGCAGCAACAUUCAGAGUGAGCGUCCAGUGGACCCAGGACAACUCUGUUGACCUGUACUUCCUGAUGGCCCUCUCUGGAUCCACACAAGGCCAUCUUUCCAAGAUCCAGACACUGGGCAGAGACCUGCUCCAAGUCCUCAAAGAGAUCACCAGAUCAGGCCAUAUUGGCUUUGGAUCCAUCAGGAACAUGACCUUCCAGCACAUCCUGAAGCUGACUGAUGACUCCAGCCAGUUUCAGAAGGAGCUGGGGAAGCAAAUGGUUUCUGGAAACCUGGAUACCUCCAAGGGACAGCUGGAUGCUAUGAUGCAAGUCACCACGUGCCUGGGAGAAAUCGGCUGGCGCAAUGGGACACGGUUUCUGGUGCUUGCCACUGACAACGAUUUCCACUUUGCUAAAGACAAGAAUUCGGGUACCAGACAGAACCUCAGUGAUAGUCACUGUCGCUUGGAAGACGGCGUGUACAAGAGCAGGAGAGAGCCGGACUACCAGUCAGUGCUCCAGCUGGCAAGCAAACUGGCUGAAAACAACAUCCAGCCCAUCUUCAUGGUGCCCUCAAGGAUGGUGAAAACAUAUGAGAGAAUUGCCAUGUUCAUCCCUAAGCUGACCAUUGGGGAACUGUCAGAUGACUCCAGCAAUGUGGCACAGCUCAUCAAGGAUACCUACAGUAAACUCCCCUCCAGCACCUUCCUGGACCACACCACCACCCCCAGCACUCUGAAAGUCACCUACGACUCCUUUUGCAAUAACGGAGCAUCAAGUACAGGCAAAUCCAGGGGGGACUGUGGAAAUGUGCAGAUCAACGGCACGGUCACCUUCCAGGUUAACGUCACAGCUUCAGAGUGCAUCAGGGAGCAGUCCUUUCUUAUCCAGGCCCUGGGUUUCCCUGACACAGUGACCGUACGAGUCCAUCCCCAUUGUGAAUGCCAGUGCCAGGACCAGAGUCAGAACAGCAGCCUCUGUGGAAGCAAGGGUGCCAUGGAGUGUGGCAUCUGCAGGUGUGACUCCAACUACACCGGGAAAAACUGUGAGUGCCAGACACACGGCCAGAGCAGCCGGGAACUGGAAAGAAGCUGCCGGAAGCACCACAGCUCCACAGUGUGCUCCGGACUGGGAGACUGCAUCUGUGGGCACUGUGUGUGCCCCGCCAGUGACCGCCCAAACAAGGUGAUCUAUGGACGAUACUGCGAGUGUGACAACUAUAACUGUGAGAGAUAUCAUGGCCAAGUCUGCGGCGGUCCACGGAGGGGCUCCUGCUUCUGUGGCCAGUGCAGUUGCAAUGAGGGCUUUGAGGGCUCAGCCUGCCAGUGCCAGAGGUCCACCGAGGGCUGUCUGAACAACAAUUUGGUGGAGUGCAGUGGCCAUGGCCAAUGCCACUGCAACAGGUGCAAGUGUGACCCAGGCUAUCUUCCGCCACUGUGUGAGCAUCUUCGCCAUAUUCCACGCUGCAGCGAGCACAUCUCUUGUGCCGAGUGCUUAAAACUCAGCGAUGGAGUAAGCUGCUUCCGAGAGUGUGGGGGUCUGAUGAGUUCAGACACAUUCUCUACAGGCAAGAACUGCAGUGAAUGGGACUCAGAGGGGUGCUGGAUAACCUACACUCUGCGUUGGCGAGACUGGAGAAAACUCUCUUCCAUCUACAUCGAUGUGAGCCGAGUGUGUCCUACCACCAUUGCACUGGGUGUGGCAGUGGGUGUCCUGGGGGCUGCUGUCCUCCUGCUGAUCGUCUGGAUAAUCCUCCUGAAGGAAACCCAUAAGAUCAAGCUCUCCAGAAAGGAUGGGGCUCAAGGCACACUAGAACCGAAGGCUCAUUUUCAAGAACAGCACCAUGGGGAGUCACCAUGGUGGCAUCAGGAGAGACAGAAUACCUGA